AUGGCAGCUUAUGCAGCUCUAGUUUCUGUUAUGAACAUUAUCGAAGACAUCCGAAACCAUCCUCGGUUUUCGACAUCCCUUCACCACGAACAAGUCGAUUCUCUUUGCGAGAACGUUAGUUUCUUGCUCGAUUUUAUAGAGAGUACUAAUCAUUCUCAUGGAUUUACGAGCGAAGAAGAUGAAUUCUUGGAGAGACAUAUUGCACGUGCAGCCCAUGCGGCUGAAGAUGUAAUCGAAUCUCAUGUCGUCGACCAAAUUCAGUCCGGUUCGACCUCAUUGCUCGACUUACAUAAAGUGAUACGAGACUUGGUUUCUAUCAAGGAUAAGGUUGUCAAUGUUGUUAAAGGAGAGCGGAGAUUGUUCGAAGAUCGUGUUCAACCGGGCCCCACAUGUUCAAUGUCGGUUCCUAGUACUUCAUCAUCAAAACCUAGGAGUACUGGAAAGAAUAAUACUAUGGUGGGAUUUGUUGAUGAAUUGCUUCACCUUAUGGAAAAGCUCACUGGACAACAAUCGAAUCGACUGGUCAUUCCAAUUGUAGGCAUGGGUGGAAUUGGUAAGACUACUCUUGCCACAAAUCUCUAUGAAAAUUCAUUUAUUACGCAAUAUUUUGAUAUUCGUGCUUGGGUUACAGUAUCUCAAGAAUAUAGUGCAAGAGAAAUCAUUUUCGGACUUCUUUCUAGCCAAAGUAAAUCCACUAGUGAAAUGGACAGAAAAAAUGAAGACGAAUUAGGAGAUCAAUUGCACAAAAAUUUAUCGGGUAGGAGAUAUUUAAUUGUAUUGGAUGAUGUGUGGAGUGCCGAAAUUUGGUAUAAGAUAAAAUUUUUCUUUCCGGAUAAUAAUAAUGGAAGUCGAAUUGUUGUAACCACUAGGAUGUCAAAUGUUGCUGUUCAUUUUGGCUCGUCGCACUUUUCGAUGAAACUUCUAGAUGAGGUUAAAAGUUGGGAAUUGUUUUGUCAAAAGGCAUUUUUCGACGAAGAAUGCCCCCGUGAAUUAGAGGAAAUUGGGAAGAAGAUUGCUAAAAAAUGUAAAGGACUUCCUCUGUUAAUUGCUGUGUUUGGGGCACUCCUUAGGAAGUCCUCGAGGACACAAGUAUAUUGGGAGAAUAUUUCGAAAGAUUUAAAUUCGAUUCUGAAUUCACGAGUGGACGAGCAAAGCUUGGACAUAUUGUCAUUGAGUUAUAGGCACUUGCCCGCCCAUUUAAAACCGUGUUUUCUUUACAUGGGAGUCUUUUCAGAAGACCACAAAAUCGACGCGUUCGAACUCAUUAAACUUUGGGUUGCCGAAGGAUUUAUAAGACCAAAUAAAACCCAAACCUUGGAAGAGAUCGCAGAAGGUUAUAUAAAAGAUUUCGUAGACAGAAAUCUCAUUUUAGUUUGUGCUUUUGGGUCGACCGGCAAAAUAAAAACUUGUAACAUCCACGAUCUUCUAAGAGACUUGUGCUUAAAGACAUCUCAGAAAGAGAGGUUUCUUUACAUGAUGAGUGCUUCCGAUUCUCCACAAGGCAUAGAAAAUGAGCGCCGCAUAGUUUUUCAUGAAAGAUUUCCACAUUACAUACAUCACCCUCGGGGAGUCAUUGAUGCUUUAGAGUCAACAUCACUUGCUCGUUCUCUGAUAAGCGAAGGGGGUCGUUUGCCAUUCAAGCCUAGAUUGUUGAGAGUACUGAAUUCGGUUACUCGCGAUUGUUUGGAUGAUAUUCUUAAACAAGUUAACUUGCGAUUCUUCGGGUCUUGUAAAUUUGUCGCACCGCCGGAAAUUUGGUCAAUGCGGCAACUUAGGCACGUGGAGUUGGGCGAGAUAUGUCUUCCGGAUCCUCCUUCGAGCGACGGUCAACAUGACGACGUAAUCGUUUUGAGGGACCUACAGACACUUUUGGUAGUAAAAGAUUUCAAGUUGAGCGAGGAGGUGUGUAAAAGAAUAGCCAACAUUAAGAAGUUGGAGAUCGUGUAUUAUGAUGUAUCAGAGGAAUUAUACGACAAUUGUCUCUAUAAUAUUGACAAAUUGCAUAAACUUGAAUCACUAUACUACCAUUUUGAUGACGAGCCGAAUCGAAGUGAUUUGCUGUUGAACCUCACAUUUCCCAGUUCGCUUCACAAGUUGACUUUAGAAGGUUGCUUUCUUCAUUGGGAAGAUUUGACAAUAAUUGGUUCAUUGCCCAAUCUUCGAGUCCUCAAGUUACUGUCGGAUUCGGUUAUCGGACCCGAGUGGGACCCAAUUGAGGGUGAAUUCGUCGGUCUGAAAUACCUGGAAAUUGAGUUUUGUGAUGAUCUGAUGUACUGGAAUGCAGACAGCUCACAUUUUCCAGUCCUGGAGAAACUUGUUCUUACAGGAUUGUCCAAAUUGGAUGAGAUCCCUUCGCGUAUCGGAGCAAUACCGACGCUUGUCGAUAUUUAUUUGUUCCUUUGCAGUGAGUCAGCUGCCAUGUCAGCAGUGGAGAUACUGGAGGAACAAUUAUUCGCACUGGGGAAUGAAAAUCUUCGAGUUCGAAUUGAUUUCUCGGACGAGGGUUUGGAGAGGUUCAAGGAAAAGCCAUAUGAAGACAAUUUGUAUUUUGAUCCCUCAGUUUUGGAUCAAAAUGAAUAUGAAGAUUUCUAUCACUUCUUCCAAGUUGAUAUUGUGUUCGAUAGUAGGGAAGAAUUAAUCAACUGGGCCAAAGCAACUGCAGUUAGUCAUUGUCACCGUUUGAUUUGUCAGUCUAGAAGGGAGAAUGCACAGUACUUGACGUGUGACAAAUACGGACAUGGCCGACAAAAGAAUAUCGAUGUGGAAGAUCCUAGAAACACUGGAACAAAAAAAUGUGGUUGUCCAUUCAAAUUGAUUGGCAAAAAGUCAAGGUUUGAUGAAUUAUGGCAGUUGACUGUCAACGAUGGCAGGCAUACUCAUCGUCCGGCUUUGUUUCCUCACGGACAAGGUAUGACUAGUCGUAUAACUCCACAACAGAAAGCAAGAAUUAAAUAA